AUGUCAAAAAUACUUAGUGAAAACAUGAAAUUUGAUAAUAUCUUUUGGAUAGCCACAACAGCAAUGCGUCUGAAUCGAUCCCAUCCUUACAUCCCGCGGGACAAAAAGUGGCGCACUCAAUUUACAGCUAUAUCCACUUUAUCCUUUUUCUGCUGUAUGUUCCUGUUGUAUUCAAUAUUUUUCCACGACAUACAGUGUGGCGCAUAUGCUGAUGCAUGCAAAAGUGCUAUAAUGGCGAUAGUUUCUUUCACCAUUACGUACAAAUACUCGAUUUUAUUACGAUAUCAGGAGUCUCUUACCGAUCUAAUUCGCAUUGUGGAUAAUGAUUACGAACUAGCCAAAGAGUUCUGUGAAGAAGAACAGCGCAUUGUUUAUAAGUACUCAAAGAGAGGCGUAAAAGUUACUCAGUACUGGUUCGUUUCAGCUUGCUCGACGAGCGCUAUUUUCCCGGUCAAAGCCUUUGUACUUAUGGGAAAGUCUUAUCUAGCUGGUGAAUUCGAACUGGUGCCGAUGUUCGAAAUGACCUACCCUUGGAUUCUAGACGAUUACAAAAAUGUACAUUUCGUUUUUGUCAUGUUGUUCGGUUUAACACUCUUCUUUGAUAUUUACGCGACUUCGAUGUAUGUGGGGUUUGAUCCGAUUGUCCCAAUAUUUAUGCUUCAUUUGUGCGGACAGUUGGACAUCCUUAAUCUGCGAAUAUCGAAAUUGUUCUCCAAUACUAAGGACUCAGCUGAAACUAUUCGAGAAAACUUAGGAAGGAUUAUUUUACAACUGCAGGAUAUAUACAAAUUUAUUGAAAUCAUUAAAGCCAAUUUCACCGUGUUGUACGAAUUUAUUAUGAAAACAACAACUUUUCUACUCCCUCUGACGGCGUUUCAAAUUACCGAGUCUCUUCGGAAGGGAGAAAUUAACCUCGAAUUCAUAGGAUUCUUUACCGGCGUCAUAUUACAUUUCUACAUACCUUGUUAUUACAGCGACCUUUUAAUGGAGACGGGUGAAAACUUCCGUCUGUCGAUAUAUUCUUGCGGCUGGGAGAAGCACUCCGACAAGCGCAUAAUGCGCUCCGUCCUGUUCAUGCUAACACGCGCUUUGAAGCCCAUCGUCAUCAGGACUGUCUUCUGCGCCAUCUGUCUCGACACCUUUGCUCAGAUGUGCCGGGAAGCUUACUCUAUAUUUAAUUUGAUGAACGCAGCUUGGGCUUAA